AUGCCGUUCGACCCGACAUAUAGCUCUGUUGACACAGAAGGGUGCGACCUGCACUACUGGUACCAGGGCUCUGGUCCCCUGUUAAUUUUCGUCCCCGGCGGCGGGGGAAUCGGAAAACAAUUCAAUUCUUUAUUCGAGCACCUCGACCAAAAUUUCACAGUAUGUGCUUACGAUAGACGGCAGUCGGGUCUCAGUACUGCCCAGCAGCGCAGGCUGUUAAACCCAGCACAGCACGCUCGGGAUAUCAUCGCCAUAGUCAAAGCCCUCGGUCGACAGAGAACGUCAAUAUUUUCGAACAGCGGUGGAGGUAUAAUAGCCUUCCAGUUCGCCAUCAGUUAUCCUGAAUUUCUUGACCACGUCGUUGCUCACGAAACGCCGACGACUAGUCUUUUGAAAGACUCCACGGAUUAUCUCGACAAAGCAAUGACGCUGGUUGACAUGUUCCACAAUGAAGGCGUCAUGGCCGCUUCUCAAGCAUUUUUUGCAGACAUGAAGGGAUACGAAGACAGUCCCCCGAUGCCGGCACCGGCCCUAGAAGACAUUCAAAAUUUCUGGGAGAAUGAAUAUCUCUCGUUUACGACAUACUGCCCGGACCUUCGCAAGAUCGUUGAGAAUAAAGUAUCUAUCGCCGUUGCCACGGGCCGAAAGAGCGGAGAUGCCUAUUAUUCUGUGGCGACAAUACAUCAAGAAAAGAUUUUAGGAUGCCCGCGCUUUGUCUUUCCAGGAAAUCAUAGUGCUUUCGAUGCAGAGCCGGCUACCUUCGCUCCACAUUUGCUAGAAGCAUUUCAAAAAAUGGAACAAAAAACUCCUCGUUUGGGCUGGACCCAAUCAACGAAGGGCGGCCGUUUCCAGGAGAUUCGGGCUAUCACGUUUCAAGUUAUUCUACCCGCGAUUAUACUCUAUAAUUUUCCCAAACUGUGGUCAUACUUUAACUUGGGCCAAAUCAUACCUGUGAAAUAA